AUGCCUUCGGAACGUGCCACUGGUGCGCUCGCCGAGUCCUCCAGUCAAUCAACGAAUGCUGCCGCCGACUCCAAUAUCGACCAUGCGGCCUCGAUCAGAUAUUGGAAUAGUGUGCCGGCCACUUCCAACGCUAUGUUAGCCAUGCUCGGCAACUACCCCUGGUACUCGCGCAUUGAUCUCCGAGGAUCCAAAACCUUCCUGGCCAAGGUCCGACGGAUGAUUCCGUCCUGUCCGACGGAGGGCAAGCUCAAGCUGGCGGUGGAUUGCGGAGCGGGUGUCGGACGCGUGACGGAAGGGUUUCUCAGCCAUGUCUGUGAAGUGACAGACGUGGUAGAGCCGGUUGCGAAAUUCACCCAGGUUUUGCACGACGGAGCAUUGAAGCGAUCCGGCGUCGUCGGGGAUAUCUAUACCCUGGGCAUUGAGAGCUGGAAUCCCGACAAAAAAUAUGACCUGAUCUGGACUCAGUUUUGUGUUGGGCAUUUGACAGAUAUUCAGCUGUUGCAGUAUUUUAUACGCUGCCGGGGGGCCCUGACCGAGACGGGGAUUGUUGUGGUCAAGGAGAAUAUGUCGACUGAUCCUCAUGGUGAUGAUAUGUAUGAUGAUGAGGAUAGCAGUGUGACUAGGACGGAUGAGAAAUUCAGAUCCAUAUUCAACGAAGCUGGCAUGACGGUGAUUACAUCUGAGCUGCAGUUGGGAUUCCCGAAGAAUUUCAAGCUUUUACCCGUUCGAUUCUAUGCUUUGCGACCAAAGAGCUGA